AUGGUUUUCAGAGAGACGAAGAAGUCAAGGCAGAAGGAGCGUGCCAGAGUGGCAGCAUUCGGUACUCUUCCGGACGAGGUACUGGUACUCGUCUUCGAGGACCUUCCCACACACGAUUUGUUAGCUCUCCGUCUCAGCUGCAGAUGUGUCAUGCCAGUCUGCACUACAAUCUUGUCGCAGAGGUUGACGACGCUUUACAUCCGUCCUGCCAAGAAUUCUCUCCAAACGGCAGUCAGAAUAUGCGAGCAUCCGGCCUUGAACCAGAACAUCAGUCGCCUUGUUUUACUGGGAGGUGUAUCCCCUCAAGAGGUCGAUCGGACGUUUCCAUGCCACAGGUAUCAGACUGAGAUACAGUGCCCUGGUGCAAACUAUCAGACUCAGGAAUGGUAUCACAAAUUUCGACCAUGGCCGCUAAACUUUCCGGUAGCGGCUGGUCGGAAAGCUGCGGUGGCUGUCGGUCAAGAAGAGAAGGCCGAGGACUCGUUACAACCAUUCACUGGAGCUUAUAGCAUAUUGAUCGAAGCGCUUGCACAACUGCCCAAACUAGGUCAGAUUGCUCUCGACGAUUCUUGCAUAGGAACAGGGUUCAACACGACCUUGAGUGGCAAGUCGUCAGGAGAGCGUGUCCCGAAGCAACUUACGUCGCAAGUGACUCAUCACCGCCAGAUCACAGGACGCGCAGAUACCUCUAUGAUGUUCGAUCUGCUUAUGCAGGACCAGCUGAGUUUCGAGCAGCUGAGUAUUACCACCCACGAACUACCCUAUGCCGCUGCCCUGCUCAAAUGCAGCUAUACUGGUGUCUUCAAGGCAUUCCGCCAUCCGGCUGCUGUGGACAAGCUUGCAAAGCUUACGAGUCUCGACCUGAUUCUUGACGCUGGUUGGGACCCCAAGACUACAUGGCGAAAGUUCUGUCAUGGGCUUACAAAAGGUGCGACGCAGCUCGAGCAUCUGCGCCUAACAUACAGGCCCAACUCCGCUGAUCGCAUCCACGGCGCGAGGGACGAAACGAGCACGCGCAUGAUUCUCGGCCUAGACGACGUCGAAAAUGGCGAUGAAGCCUCCAAACCAUUCUCGAAAAUGAGGAGCUUCGCACUCGUAGGCCAGCUGCAGCACGAUGAUUCAAAGUACGGCCCUCAGCGACCAGUCUGCCAUGUCCUCGACGUUGCAGACUUCCUUUCGCAGCAUGCGUCCACUCUCGAGAAUGUGGCAUUCCAUAAUACCACCUUCUCGGAUCCUGGCACAGAUUCAGCUCCUCACGAUUCGAUGAAACGAGGGAUGGAGGUCCUCCUGACAUGUCCUCGACUUAGAAACGUCGUGUGGACGGUCAACAGAUUCAGGCACUACAGAGGCUGUGGGAAGCAGAGUGCACCUCACUUCCUCGACUGUCGUUCUAGGCAUAGUUGUGGGAGGUAUAGUAAUGGCAUUGCGGAUGGAAGUGGCCUCGCGGGUGUGGAGCUCAUGGGUGCUGUGGCUGAGGAGCUGCAAGUGGAGUUGAGUCUGGAUGGUAGGGCCUGGGACUUUGGUGAGGUAGUUAGGCGAGAGAAGGGCUUGAGUAGGGAGGUAGAUGUACGUGGGCAUAUUGAUGGCGCAUCGGCUGCUUGA